AUGCCCCUGCGCCAGCGACCCAAACGCGGCGCACCGACCUCUCCUGCCCCGAGCACGAAGUCCCCGGACCGCAGCGACAUGUCCAGCGGCCCUCUCGCCUUCCUGCGCCGGCAGCCCCUUUGGAUCAUCCUAGCCGUGUCCUCUGGCGGAUGCGCCGCCCUCAAUGGCGUCUUCGCGAAACUCACAACAACGUCCCUAACCUCCUCCCUCUCCUCCCACAUCUCGACCCUCUUGGGGCUCGCGCCCGACAACACGGCCGUCGACGUCGCGACCCGCGGCUUCUUCUUCGGCAUGAACCUCCUGUUCAACGCGGCCAUGUGGGCGCUCUUCACGGCGGCGCUCACGCGGGGGGACUCCACCACCCGCGUCAGCAUCGUCAACGUGUCGGCCAAUUUCGUCGUCACCGCGCUGUUGGGCGCCGCUAUCUUCGGCGAGCGCCUGCCGGGUCUGUGGUGGGUGGGUGCUGGGCUGUUGGCGGUGGGGAAUGUGGUUAUCGGAAGGCGGGAGGAAGACGGGGGUGGGGCUGGGGUGAAGAGCGGGGGCACUGGGGAGGGGACGGGGGAUGGUGAGGAGGCUGAGGGGUUGAUGGCGGCGCGGGCGCAGGAGCAGAGGCUGGAGCAAGAUCAGGAUUUGAUCGAGUUGGAGGGCACCGUGGAGGACGAGAGGGAGAGGGUCAGGAGGGGGGAGAUUGCGGAUUCCCCGUUGUAG